AAAUCUCGUGCCGGGCCUCAGGGCAGGAACUCGCUCUUGACGAUCCUUUGCAGCCCUGAGACCUUCAGUCACUGCCAUGUCUCUCUCUCCCUGCCGGGCCCGGAGGGGCUUCAGUGCUCGCUCAGCCUGUUCUGCCCAAUCGGUGGGCCGAAGCAGGUCUGGCUUCAGCAGCAGGAGCCUCAGUUCCUUUCGGGGGUGCCGAGGAGGCUCUCGUGGAAGGACCUGGGGUUCAUGGGGAAGGUUAGGGGUGCGGCUUGGGGAGGGGAGUGGUGGGCCUGGGCUUUCCUUGUGCCCUCCGGGAGGCAUCCAGCAAGUGACCAUCAACCAGAGUCUUCUGACCCCACCGAAGAUUGAGAUCGACCCCCAGUUCCAGGUGGUUCGGACUCAGGAGACCCAACAGAUCAGAGUCCUCAACAACCAGUUUGCUUCUUUCAUUGACAAGGUGAGGUUCCUGGAGCAGCAGAACAAGGUCCUGAAAACCAAGUGGCACUUGCUGCAGCAGCAGGGGUCGAGUGACAGACCCCAGGGCCUGGAGUCUUUCUUCGAGACCUAUCUGGUCCAGCUCAAGACACAGCUGGAGCGGCUGCAGAGGGAACGAGGGUCUCUGGAUGCCGAGCUGAAGUCCUGCCAGGGCCAGGAGGAGGAGUAUAAAGCUAAGUAUGAGUGUGAGGCCCAUAAGCGUGCCACACUGGAGAAUGACUUUGUGGUCCUCAAAAAGGAUGCAGACGGGGUUCUCCUGAGCAAGAUGGAGAUGGAAAGCAAGGUGGAGGAUCUGAAAGAGUACAUCUGCUUCCUGAAACAUCUCUAUGAAGAAGAGCUGGGCCAGCUGCAGACCCAGGCCAGUGACAUGUCCGUGGUGUUGUCCAUGGACAACAACCGCUGCCUGGACUUCAGAGACCUCAUCGCCGAGGUCCGAGCCCGGUAUGAGGAGAUCACCCGGACCAGCAAAGCCGAAGCCGAGCUGCUGUACCAGACCAAGUACCGGGAGCUUCAGGCAUGUGCCCAGCUUCAUGGGAACAGCAUGAAGGAAACCAAAGUCCAGAUCACUCAGCUGCAGCAGACAAUUAAGAAGCUGCAGAGUCAGAUUGAGAACGUCAAAAAUCAGAACGCCAGCCUGCAGGUUGCCAUUGCUGAUGCUGAGCAGCGUGGGGACCUGGCCCUCAAGGAUGCUCAGACCAAGCUGGCCGAGCUGGAGGCCGCCCUGAGAACUGCCAAGCAGGACAUCGCGCGGCUGCUGCGUGACUACCAGGAGCUGAUGAGCGUGAAGCUGUCCCUGGAUGUGGAGAUUGCCACUUACUGCCAGCUGCUGGAGGGCGAGGAGUGCAGGAUGUCUGGGGAAUGCGCCAGCCAGGUGACUCUCUCUGUUGGGGGAGGCAGCACUGUCGUGUCUGGAGGAGCAGAUGGUGGCCUGGUGGGCACUUGUGGACUUGGAGGCGGGAAAGGCAGCUUUGGGUCUAGCUGCUCCAGCGUUGUGAAGGGAGGCUCCAGCAUCGUGAAGGGAGGCUCCAGCAUUGUGAAGGGAGGCUCCAGUGUCGUGAAGGGAGGCUCCAGCAUUGUGAAGGGAGGCUCCAGUGUCGUGAAGGGAGGCUCCAGCAUCGUGAAGGGAGGCUCCAGUGUCAUGGAGGGAGAAUCCAGUGUCGUCAAGGGAGGCUCCAUCAUUGUGACUGGUGGCUCUAGCAUCAUCCUGGGCUCUGGGCAGGGCCCUGUUGUGGGCUCUAGCUCUGUGUCGGGCUCUUCCUCUUGCUCCACCAGCCACACUAUCCUGAAGAAGACGGUUGAGUCAAGUCUGAAAACGUCUGUCACAUACUGAGUGACCCAGAGGCCACCUACUCACCCCUGCUUUCCCGAGCCCUCUUAGAUCUUCUCUCAUCCUCAUCAUUCCCACCCCUGUGCUGCCGACUCUGCGUUCACUGCCCACAGCCUGAGCCGGCCACAGGGGACCCUGCAGAAGUCAGCGGGUCCUGCCCACUUGCUGUUCUGAAUGCUCGUCCAGUCUAGCCUUGCUCUGCGUGCUAAUUUGCAUCUUUACUUGUCUGCUGCCGGCCCCAACCAAGGAGCACAGGGCCCAGCCUCAGCCCACCAGCCAGCCUCGUCCUCCCCUCUCUCUGCAGCCUACAACCAAGCUGGGAAAACUCCUGAUUGGGCUUGGCAAGAUUGCAUCUCCAUCCCAAGGGGAAGGGUCGAGGCCCACUGACCAGAGCCUGAGGGCUGGAACGAAGGGCCAUACUUUUGCCCUCUUCACCUGCCUCUGGGCCACCAUUUCUGUAUUUCUGUCCAUUUAUUCUCUGUGAAAUAAAGCAGCACCCAGUUCUCCCUGCAA